UAGGUAAAGCAAAACUCAUAAGCCUUGACUAUACCUAGGGAUGACAAUUUCGACCUGACCCGUUUUACCCGACCUGUUUGGCCUGUUUUGGGGCUGGUCUGACCCGUCCCGAUGGCGGGGCAUGGCGGGCAUGAGUACCUCCCAUCGACUUGACCUGCCUCACUCCCCAUUCUUGACCCGUUCUUGCCUAAAUUACACGUAAUCUUAGUCAAAUUAUUUAGGUUUUUCCUCUUAUUAUCUCAUAUUUUAGCUACAAUAAACUUGUAAAUAAGUGAAAACCUUAAUUUCUCCAAUAAUUUAACUACAUUUCAUCAUAUUAGGGUUUCUUUCUUGAACUUUUAACGAAAAUAACGAAUAUUUCUAAUGUUUUUCACAUAAAUUAGAUACUCAUUGGGUCGACCUGCCCCGACCCGCGUCCCAUAAUAAAUUACCCGACCUGAAUCCGACUUGCCACGGGACAAAUAUGAGUAUCGAGAUACCCACCCCGAAACUUCCUAUUGUUAUUCCUAACUAUACCUUUGAAAACCAAAUAUGGGGUUUGGGUCGUUGAUUCCGUUGGCUCGUCGGAGAUAGGAGUACAAGAUAAAGAAGAGGGACAAAAAGCAGUUCAAGCUUUUGCUAGCCUUCGGCCCAUACAAAAGCCCAACAUUUGUUUACGGCCCAAACAAAUUGUCCAGCCUGAGCGUGGGACCGCCCUACACCUGUCAGCGGAUUCCAUAGAGUUGUCGACGUUGGAGAACACAAUUCCGCCUCUGUACUUUACCAAUUCGGAUGAGGAUCUUGGAGAGAAGUAUAUUUAUUUAUUAGGGUUGGUUAGAUAGAGAUAUAUCUCAUCGCUUCAUCAAUCAAAGAAAGAGAGAUCCGCCGAGGAAGAUCGAGAAAGGGCUGCUGCAGCAACCAGAGCAUCCCACGACCGGGAAGAAUGGAGAAUCCGCCGAGGCUUGCUAGGACGAUUAGGGCGAUUCUUCCGGUGAGCGUCAGGUGCGACACAUGCCAGGGCUACAUGUACAAGGGCAGCAAAUUCAACAUCGGCAAAGAGGAAGUGGCAGGCGAGGCGUAUUUGGGGAUCCCAAUCUGGCGAUUGCACUUCCGGUGCAGCCAUUGUUUGUCCGCUUUUACGAUAAAGUCGGAUCCGAAGAAUUCGGAGUUCGUAGCUGAAACCGGGGCGACCAGGCAGAGGAAUUUGGAGUUGGAGCAGCUGCGCGCUGCGCUUGAUGAGGUCGAAGUCGCUGCUCUUGAAGGCUGAGAGUAGUGAUGGCAAUGGGGCGGGGCGGGUAACUCAAUUCCCAUGCCCCGUCCCAUACUAGUCAAGUCGAGGGUGGGUCGACCCACUCUUACUGAUAUAGGUGUCAAAGUGAACCCGUCGGGUUGAAGCGGGUUGCACUUUUUGGUCUUUUCCCAUUUUAGCUCUGAUACCAAUAGUUUUACGGUUCCAAAUUCCUAAGUUUCUGUGUUUCAUAUCUUGUUUUUUGAGAAGUCUCAAUCGUCUCUUUAUUUUAAAAAGCCUACUAAAGAGUCUAAUCAUUCUUUCUUUUCCUUGUUUUCUGCAACAAGUCUCAUUCUUUCUUUUUCUUUCAUGGAAUGGCCCAAAUAAAGGUGGUUAAUUUUCAUUUUGUUGUUUUUGGUUUAUCUAUUUUCUAGUUUCUGCUUUAUUUGUUUAGACUAGUUAUUAUAUCGGUAAUUAAUUCAGUUUUAGAUACAGCUUCCUCUAAUGUUUCUGAAUUUCCGAUAGACAUUUGUUCUUCUAUAAUAUCUGAUACGAAGUGAGAUAAUUCUAACGUAACCGUAUUAAUGUCGCCUACUGAUGUAAGGUCUAUUGCAUCUAUUACUUCUACCAAUUUAUUUAUGUAAUGAGUGUUAGGCAUCUUUACAAUUUUUCACUCAUUUCUACGAUUAGUUCUUGUAACUUUUUUAUUUCACUAGUAUUAUCAUUUUGAUGAAGUAUAGUUAUGUUUUUUAUUUCCUUGUUUUCUUCUUUCUCCAUUUCCUUCUGCUUAUCGGUUAAUCUCAUGGAAGAACUUCUCUCAUCUAUACUUAUUCUUGGAUGAUCAUAAUUUGAUUUUAUUAUUUUUAGAGGGGAUUCUAAUUGAAUUAAUGGUUUGAAUAAAUCUUCUAUGGUGAUGGCUUCCUUAUCUUUACACGCUAGACUAUGAUGACUAUUGGUCAGUGCAUAGUUUAUUUGGUAUGUUACCGAAAAAAGGUUUACUGUUUUCUUUCAUGAAAUUUUUUCUUUUCAAUUCAUACUUUAUAAUAAUGGAAGAGUCGAGAUUCCCAUCUGUUAAACUAAUUCCUUGUUGUAGAUUAAUAUCGAAUUUGAUUAUUCCUACUCCUAGAUUUCCUUUUCCUUUUGCAAUAAUACUCUCUUCUCUAUUGAUGAGUCGAUCAUCUCUUAUUUCUAGUUCUAUAGGUGCACUUAUCCCUGUUUUCAUAGUAGAUUUUAGAAUGAUUUGUAUCGUGCUAAUGUGAAUAUAAGCUAUUUUAUUUCUUUCUUCCUGUUGUAACUUGGAUAAUUUUUUCCUAAUUUGUUCCCUAUUUAUUAUUUGAAUUAGGAAAUCUCCCUUAGUUUGUUCUAUUGGUACUGCCGUUUCUCCUAUCAUUUUUCCAUAUUUAAUUAUAUUUUUUCUAUCAAAUAGUUUGGAUAAAAAAGACUUAGUAAUAAAAUUUUGCGUUUCUGAUAAGGUAAAAUUAGUUUCUUCCUUAAUUUUCUUGACAUUUAAUAUUCCAUCUAGAAAAUAAUUUUCUUCCUCAUUUUUACUUAAAUAAUCAAAGUGACUGUUACUGCUACUGGGGUUAUCCGACAUACCUGAUCGUUGCUUAGGUUGAUUGAUGCAACUCCUUGCUACUGAACGUCCCCAUGAUGGUGUGGUGCGAGGGAGGCUGAUUGCUUAUGAUUGUUGAAAAUGGUGUUGGAGAAUUCUUUGUGGUGUUAAUUGUUGGUGUAUAGUUUUUUAUGGAUAGGUGGUAGCAGAUAUGAGCGUCUCCAGAGUAUUAUCUCAAACGCUCUGUGCCGAAGCACCAAGACUACACUUAGUCUUUUGAGAGAGAAGUCUCCAGCUUUUAUUCUACUCUGCCUCCUUAUGAGGUUCAGAUGUACAUAUUUAUAGAUGCAGGAGCGUUGCCUGCUUACAUAUGUACUUACAUCAUUCUCCACUUAGGAAGAGAAAAACAAACACACGUUAUGGAC